AUAUCACCAAGCCUCUACGCUCAAAGUUUGUAUUGAAUGAAAUGGAAUGGCCGAUUGAAUACGAGGGGAUACACCUUGUCUGGUUUAGCUGUGGGUUAUAUGGUCACCACCUUUAUCAGUGUGGGAAGGAGGAUGCUGCAAUCCAUAAGCAAGGUGUACAGACGAAUACAAUAGGCCGAGCGGAGACUGGAACCCCUGUGCCAAACAAUGGGUUCCCAGAGAAGUAUGGUGCGUGGAUGCUAGUCACCAGGAGAGAGAGGAGAAACCGGGGCGUUUCGGAAGUGCUGACACCUGCCAAAUGGAACAGUGUUUGGAGAUUGAAAGUUCCUACCAGGGUUCAGUGGACAAUAAUGCAGCAAGGGCUGGUGGAGGUGGCCUCGCCAGGGAUGACGCCGGAGUCUGGAAACAAGGCUUCAUGUACAACAUUGGUUACUGCUCCCAGCUAGGGCAAUUUAUAUCGUGCACCACGGCGCACAUAGCAAUGUGCGCCCAGACACAAAACGGGCGCAUUUCAUGCUGACGUCACUCCGUCCAUCCGGACAGACCAAAUCUCAUUAUCUGUAUUCAGUUAAAGUUUUAUGUGUAUUGUGUUAUGAGUUUAUGUGUAUCCAGUUAAGAGUUUAUGUGUAUUAUGUUAA